GGAUUCCCCGAGGGAAGUUCCCAGCUCAUUGUAAAACAUGUCAAACGUCCAUUUGUGCGAAGCACUCCAUUUCCUCCCUUCUCUCUUAAUGUGAAAAUAAAGUUAUAGAGUAGAGCGGCGGCCGGAGAGCGCGGCGGGGUCAGAGCGCUAGAUUAAUGUAGGUCUUUUGACCACUUUCCGACAGAAGGACUCAUGACAGCUCCAUCCGUGAUGUUACUGAAGGCAUGGAUCGAAAAGGCAUGGACCCAAACAUUAGUGAUAAGCUGAACAAGGCCUAUGAAGCAUAUCGCAAUGCCUCGAUUGAGAAAGACAAUGCCAAAAAGGAACUGCAGCAGAAGAAGGUGGAGUUUGAAGUGUAUACUCAACAACUGGAGAGGAAGAUACAAGACCAAGAGCAGCUGAUUUCAGAGCUGAAAGCGCAGUUGAGUUCAGCAAUAAAGCAUGGGACAGGGGAAGUGAAAUGUUGCGAGGCUGUACACCGAAAACAGGAAACAGAAAGGUUGUCACCUAGCAGUCAGUGGCCUGGCAACCCCUCCGCUUCCCACAGGACUAACCAUGUCCUGAAAGAACCCAUGGAGUAUAAUCCGGCGCUUCCACGUACAUUACCUGGCAUCAGUGGCAUGAAGGGCGAGGAUGUUCUAGAUGCUCUUCAGGAAAUCCAAGGGACUUUCCAGAGGAUUCAGACUCUCGCAAGGCGACAGAAAGAUCACCUGAAAAAAAUACACAAAGGAAAUGAUGCUGCCAAUGAGCAACAGUUCUCCAUGCCCAUCCAGUGCACUGACGACACAGCUGAACAAGCUGAGGUGCCUUUCUCCUCCUGCUCAAGGUCAGAAGUCAAUAACCACUUGACCCCCAGUUCCCUGGCUUCACGUGGAGUCAACCCAGAGGACGCUGGGUUUAUGGACAGUAUAAAAUUCCCACCCUCCACAGACAGUGAAUAUGAGUUCCUGAAUAGUGCCCCAGACAGGAACGAGGCUCUGCCUCUGCAGAGGAAAGGCCUAGUGGAGCCCAUUUCCUCAGUGAUGGGGGAAUCAUUCCCCUCAUUUUCAGUCUCUUCUCCGCCGCCACAUCUGCAGCCUGUGGCAGCAUCACAUGAAGCCAUCCGUGGACCUCAACAGCCUGUGUGGAGCCCUGAUCUCUCUGCUAUGGCAUCAAGCAUGGAGUCUGCCCAGACGGCCAGCCCGGGGCAGUGUGCUUUUUGCAAUGCUACUGUUCCCCAAGAACUGAUAUACAGCCACCUCAAUUCACACUUCCAGAGCAAAGCCGGCGAUUGACACAGCCAGGCACGGGGGCUGUCUACAAGCCGACGCCAUGCCUUAUUCAUGCCUUUGUUGCCUGAUCCCCCCACAAAACCAGUGCCCUGCACGGCAGUUACAUUGGCUUUCAUUGGGAGUGUGGUGGGAGGGGAGGUCUCCACGCUCAUUUAUUUAAUUUGUAAAACUUUAAACGGUACAUUUUGUGGCCUUCGUGACUUAAUUAACCUGCGUGGAUCUGAAAUGUGGGACAUUUGAACGCCUUUGAAUUUCCUGUAUAAUAAAAAAAAUGCUUCCAUUUUA